AUGCGCAAUUCCGCCUUUCCCGCAUCUCCACCCGACCCUGGCCAUGUACGUGUAGCGCAUGCCCUCUAUGCGGGUGAAUACUGCCCCUUGGCCUGCGAAACCACAAUCAACUAUGUGACUUUCAACGACACGCCCCCUUCGUCGUCUUGGCUCGUCAACCGAUGCCGAAGCGACAUGCACAUUACGUCGGUGUACCUAUGUUUCGAUGAAUUCUGCACACGAGACGGCGCAAUCGCAGACUGGAUCAAGACGCAGAGCUCCGCGUGCUACCAGACUGCAAACGUCACGUUGCCGCCUCUUCAACGUGUCCUGCAGCACUGGCAGCCACACGAAAAGGCCAAAGUCGAGAGGCUGCGUGCCCAACAGGCGCUCAAGUUCCCGUCGCUGAGCCACAUGGUCAUACCUGAACAUGCUUUCUUUCAGCGAGCCCUGAGCACCGUAGAAACUGCUGCCUGGGAGUACAAGAUACACCUUGUAUACGGAUGGUACAUGUACUACUUUUGGGCGGUAGUGGUUGCCACUGGCGUCGCAACCCAUCUGUGUUCGCUGAUAUGCGAGCUGCAAUACAAGAAGAACACAGCCUAUCCAAGGCUCCUCCGAGCCCAUCGCACCACCUCGGCCCCAACAAUUCGCAGCAUCUUGGCGUCAUUUCAGUCGCGCUGGCGACGCCAUGUUAGCAUGCCAGCUGCUUUUGGCCAUCGCUGCUCGCGGCCAUACGGCUGGUGCACCAUACCGCCUCGUCUCCAGUCACUCACCAUUCUGCUUUUCCUUGUCUUGAAUGUGGCCCUCUGUAGCUGCUCAUACCGUCUUACCCAGGGCAACCUCUACUGGCCACAAAAGUCUGCGCAGCUGCUGCGCUACGUUUCCGAUCGAACCGGCAUCAUUUCCUUGGCCAACUUUCCCUUGGUCUGGCUGUUUGGCAUGCGCAACGAUGCCUUGAUUUGGAUAACAGGGUGGGGUUUCGGUACCUACAAUGCAUUCCAUCGCUGGGUUGCGAGGCUCGCAACCCUGCAGGCUGUCGUACACAGCCUAGGCUACACUGUAAUGAUCCUCGAGCGUGAAGGUUGGCCAAGCUUCCAGCAGUAUUGGACCCAGCACUAUUUUUGGAAUGGCGAGAUUGCAACCAUUGCCAUGUGCGCUCUUCUUGCCUUCUCCCUAUACGGCAUCCGCCGAAAACACUACGACAUGUUCCUGAUAACGCACAUAUCGCUCUCCAUUGCGGCCUUAUGGUCCAUGUACUACCACGUUGAAAUCUUUACCGCUGGCGAAUGGAACAUCUUCAUCUGGCCAUGCCUUGUCAUCUGGAUUCUCGACCGCACUUUGCGUCUGGUUCGAAUUUUCGCUUUCAGUCGCAGACCACUCAGCACCGGGGCUAGAGCAACCUAUGACUCUGCCAGCAAUCUGGUGCGUUUGGAUGUGGAUGGGAGCCAAACUAUGAUGCCGCCUCAGCCAGGCUCGUACUAUUAUAUACACUUGCUCGAUGACAUACUCUAUGCUCAUCAGAACCACCCAUUUACUCUAGCGUUUGUAUCGUCCGAUGUGGCAUCGCCAGCUGCUCCUCUGACUCCACUAACCUCUAGCUCCGGACAACCGUACAGCCUUUCGGCUUCAUCUACCGAAUCGGACACACUGUUGGCGAACGAUGUAGUCAAGACCCCGUCGAAUCUGGUGUUUCUCGUGCGACCUUACAACGGCUUCACACGCCGGUUGAAGUCAAGCUGCCUCUUACACCCAAAGACGCUCCGUGUUCUUGUUGAUGGGCCGUACGGCCACAGCAUCCCUCUCCGUGGCUUUGCUAGUGUAUUGUUCGUUGUCGGCGGGACGGGCAUCACAGUACCGCUAUCCUAUCUUGCCCAUCUUCUUUCCGAUCCGUCGUCGCCCGUCCUUCGCGUCAAGAUUGCAUGGGCAGUCCGCGAACAUGGCUUUCUUGCCUCGGUACUGCGUGACUUUCAGAGUCUGCUGAGCGACGAGCGAGUUGAACUCGAGGUGCACAUAACACGCGACGAUGAGCUCAAGGACGAGGUUUUGGCAGAUGACCUUCAAAAUUUCAUCGUCAUGCCCCAUCGACCUGACGUGUAUCAACUUGUCAAAGAGGCGGCAGAGAAGGCACAGCACGAGCAACUAGCGGUUGUGGGAUGCGGGCCAGCCACCAUGGCUGAUGACGCUAGGCAGGCCAGUGUCCAUAUGCUGGCCGUGGGUUUUACAGGCAUAGAGUAUUUUGAGGAAAGCUUCAAAUGGUAG